UCGAAGCUUACGACUUUUAUUUAUACAGGCUACCUGUCUGAAACCUAGACCAGAUCUCGUUUUGCCCCUCAAAUCCUCGUUCGUUCGUGGCGAUUUCAGGUCCGAGGCAGAGAAGCUAAACCUAUUCUAGAAAGAACAAAACUAGGUUUAUUUUACAAAGAACAGAACCUGCUUUUUUUCAACACGGUUGACCUUUUUCACCAUGAAGUUGUUGGAAGACACUCAUUUAGACAGCAUAAAUAUCUUCCUUAGCUGCUUGAAUCUUGGGGAAAGUACUAUCAAAGGGAGUCUUGAAGCCUUUUCAUGCAAACAUACGGGGGCAGAUCGAAAGCUUUCUAUUAGCUUAGAGCAUGAGAUACUUGACUACUUGGGGCAGUCUACAGACAGUGACUCUGCUUCUCCUGUGGACUAUUUAUUGAGUAGAUCAAGCCGGAAAACCUUGAUAUACCUGGUUCUUACACUCAGUCAUAUGUAUCCAGAUUAUGACUUCAGUCCAGUGAGAACUCAUCUGUUCUUUAAAGACGAAGAUUGGGACUCUUUCAAGCUUAUGUUCGAGACAUACUUGUUCGAAGCAGCUGAGGAAUGGGCUGCAGUAAAUGGAGGCAGUUCCCUUUUUGAAAGUAUGUCAAAAGCCAUUGAUGAGGUUGUAAAACUUGGAGAAUGUGAAAUUUACAGCUACAAGCCAGAUUUUGAAGGGGACCCUUUUCUUGAGGAAGGAGCAAUAUGGUCACUAAAUUUCUUCUUCUACAACAGGAAGCUUAAGCGCAUUUUAAGCUUUCGAUGCUGUUGCAUAAGCAACUUGGCUGCAAAUGGUUUUAUUGGUGAUGUUGCAUCCGUUGAAGAUGAAGAUGAUUUGCUCAGAGACAUGGAGAUGUGAGUGAGCAUCUCGAUGUACAGGUGGGAGAUGUAGAUUCAAUGGUUCGCCCAACUUGCUGAAAUUGCUGUACAUGCUUGGUACAUGUUUAGAGUAGCCUUGUUGUUAAGUCUGUAUAAUAUGAAAUUGCAAAUGUUUUGCUGUUGUGUAUCGGUCUGUGUGAUUCAACAUGGAACUUGGCUUAACUUAACUACUUGCAUGCUGAGGACACCAGAUGUAUGAUAUUUCCUGUAUCUUUUAAUUGGAAUAAAGACUGAGGACUAUUGACAUUGGAUUGAGAUUUUAA